AUGCAUACAUAUGUAUAUACACAGAAUCUUAUAUAUGACCAAGCAAUACCAAAAACCUACUAUUAUUUUAAGGAUAACCAUCACGAUAAGUAUGACAAAUACAAUUCAACAUUGAAUCCGGGACCCACAACAAUACAUAUACCCUUGGCAAAUGGAGCCACCACCACCACAACGCCCAAUCUACAAGCGAAUGUCACACAAGAGGUUCAACGGACCACAAUUUGGCAACAGGUCAAUAAGGAUGGCACAUCAGCCGAUCAAUUGAUAAUACCGGUAACUGCUAAGGUUAGACAGAUCAAUGGCAGUCAAAAUAAAAAUAAUCAACGUUUAUCCACCAUGAAUGAGGAAGAUGAAAGUCAAUCAACACCCAAAUAUGUCAAUAAUCUAACGCUUAAAGUUGAAGCCAUUAAGGAAACUACCAACAACAGUUCCAGCACUAUUGUAGAUUUCACCAAAACAGACAUAACACCCGUCUAAAUUAAUUAUUAUUUAAGUGAUUCUUCGUGGAAACCGAUUAUGAUUAUGAAUUGUAUCAAGUUUAUAACAAAUAUUUUACAAUACAAGAAGGAAAGAGUAUGAAUAUAGGCUUUAAGUAUUGCUAAUUGUAAGAAGUGGAAUGGAGCCCUGUAAUUUCUCUCAAUGUACUUGUGAAUUCAAGUACUUAUUUAGAGACUUAUAGCUUGAUUACAAUUCCAACCACAAGCGACUGUCAACAGAACACAGUUUUUGACGUUUAACUAAACAAAAAAUAUCGUUACUUUUUGACUUUCACAAUAAGGCUACAUCAGGAAAAUAUGCGACAAAUGCGAGCUUCUCUAGAGAGAGCUGCAAAAAUUAAAGAAACUACUAUGCGAAUUUUUAAUCCACAUCGACAGUGGUUGUGGUCCCAAUUGUAAUCAAGUUGUAAUUUAUUUAUUAUUUAUAUUACACAAACAUAGUAGAGAUUUGAUGUUUUUUUAAGCAAACAUACAACAAAAUAAUCUAAAUUUUUACAUAUAUUAAUAAUAACAAAUAAUAGGAAUAAUAUUAAUAGUAAUUAAGGUAUUUAAAGAAUAUCAUUAGCGUAUAAUUAUAGUGCUAAUUAAUUGCUGUUGACGGUUAAGAGAAAAAAGUAAUUUCGUAUUCUAGACUACUAAGAACUUCUAUAAAUUCUACAUUUGAUCAUGAAAAACUUUCUUAAAUAGUGAAACAUUUGCAUAACAUAAAUUUAUUUAAAGUAUUGGACAUUGUUAGCUAUGACCUUUCUGGCAAAAUAUCGAUUCAGAGCCAAAAGAACUACUCAUCUUUUGAGGCCAAGAACGAAUCAAGUCAGUAUCGGAUACUCUGUUACAAAGUGAAGCGUAUCAAAGUUGCGUUCUGAUUUCAGCAGCUCAUAAUAAAUAGGAUCCUUUUGCUCCCACGAAAUACAAAGAAUUAACUUAACCCUUUCCGUCCCAAGCUAUUUCAAAAUUUGCGGAUUUCAGUAAACUUUUCGAUCGCAAAAAAAUAUAUUCACCCUUAUCGUGGUUGGCGUAAACGUCAUACGCCUACGACAGUUUCAUACUAGAUUAAAGAAACAGUUUGCAUUUUAUCUUUAAUCUAGUACGAAACAGUCGUAGGCGUAAGACGUUUACGAUAAGGGUGAUUGCAAAAUAUGUAAGAAAUAACACAUAAUAUUGAGACAAAAAACUACAAAAUACUUUAAAUUUACCUACACAUUUGUGUUGGCGGGGACGGAAAGGGUUAACGCCAUGGAUAUUUGGCUUUGGUGUCGAUCCGGCUGGUACGCCGGGCUUCACAUACGAUCUAUUAUCGUAUUUCAAGGUCUCUCGGCAUCAAUUCGUAUGGUACCCAAUUUUCCUGUUUUUGGAUGAAUCUUGCUGCUCGCAAACUUUUUUUAAAUUGUUGAUUAAGUAGCUCCCAAUGAUUUUGCAAGCUCUUGUUGAGUUUUACAACAAUUUUCAUCGAGAAAUGCCUGCAAUUCUUGAUCAACAAAUUUGUGUGGCUGGCCUGGGAUAUUUGUCUUCCGUGUCAAAAUCAACACUUCUGAACAGCAUAAACCAUCUAUCGCACGUUGAAACCGAUGAAACACAUUCAUCAUAAGCGUUGGUGAGCAAUCGGUGAGCUUCAGCCGCUUUUUCUCAAGUUAAAGAAGAAAAGCAAAACUUCCCGCAUAUGACGAUGCGUUGGUAGAAAAUUCGAUCAUUUUCAAAUAAAAAAAAAUAAUGUACCCUUCAAAAUGACAUAUACAUAAGUUAUUAAAAACAAAAAACCGCAUUCAACCCAGCGGGAAAAAGAUGCAGUAAAGAGGCCUUCCUAAAUGCCUCAUUUUGCAGACACAAGGACUUGCAAAAUCAUUUUGCCGCAUUGCAAAAUCAUUUCAAUUUUACACGGCGUGUCAUUGCGAGCCAAGGCCUUGCAUACUCGCUGCUGUUAGAGGGCUGAGAGAAGGCCUACUUAUGAUGGGCUGUUGGCAGCCAACAAGCUCACUUGUUAUUAGAAGGGGAUUCAUAGGGCUUCUUGAACACCUUCUAAGAGCAGGCAGGGUGGAAUGAGUAUCAGAUCUUUUAGAAUGUGUAAGUAUGCCUUUUAGAAGGCCUACAAAUUGAAGUCCUAUCAUUUUUUCCCGCUGGGAAAAUAUACGCCCAAUAUAUUCAGAAAAUAUUUUUGAAUUUAAAUUGAAAUGAAACUAAAAUUAUGUUUGUAAGAAUCCUCACGAUGUUAAGAUUAUUUUAACAGCUUUAAAAAAUUUUCGAACUUAACUUCGAAUUUUCGAAAUUAAUUUCUAAUUUUCGAACAUAAUCCCCUGUCUAUACUUGACAAAUAUUUAUCAUAACAAUUAAUGACGUUUACUGUCAAGACAAAGUUGUCUAAGCAAAAGCAAUAACAAUUUUGUCAUAA